AUGGUUCCAAGUAGAGGACAAGCUGCUCUGCUUACAGAAGCUUAUUACUGGAAAAAGGCGUGGAGGAAAGAGGAGAUUAAAGUGAAGAUGUUGGUGGGAGAAGAACGGAAAUUGAGUCAAUGGCUUGUGGAGCAUCCGUAUUUGAACAAGUCCUCUUCUAUGUAG